AUGACGUCCUUGUGGGAAAGAUUCCAAGGCAAGAAUUUCCUUAUCACAGGAGGCUCUGGGUUCCUGGGAACUGCGAUUGUCUACCGACUCGUCACAAAAGCCUUCAAGCCCGGGAAGAUCUACAUUGUCUGCAGAGGCGGUCGCCAAUCGCUGGAAAAGAAAUGGAUACAGUGGCUCGGUUCCGAAGCCGACGCUCUUUUGAACGCGGAUAAUCUCUUUGUCGUGCAAGGCGAUCUGGAAACAAUGGAUGUGGACACUGCAUUGGACGGACUGAUACCGGAACUGAAUGUCAUAAUCCAUGUCGCUUCCACGAUAAACCUUACCCGCCCGCUGAAACAGAUCAAGAAUAUGAUCGUCCAUGCUAGCAUGAAGCUCGCUGAGCUUGCUACAAAGUGCGACAACUUGGAGCGCUUUGUGUAUGUCUCAACGGCUUAUGCGAAUUCGAACUUGUACCAAAGCCGCGGUACCGCACAUGUCAGGGUUGAAGAACAGAUAUAUACCUACGGUGGUGAUACAACUGUUGACGAAUUUGAGGAACUUGUCAAAUCCGAUGAACCUGUUCAGUUCAAUGAGUUUGUUGAGCAGUUUCCCUACGCAUACACCUAUGCCAAGCACUUGACAGAGCGCCUGCUGCAAAAGAAGCUCCGUGAUCAGCUUCUUAUUGUGCGGCCCUCCAUCAUUGGCCCAGCCCAGAGUUACCCAUUUGGUGGAUAUAGCAUGCCACUGUCAACCCCUUCCACAUUGUUCUCAGCUGCCGUCAUGUUGACCCCAUCUCGCUCUAUGGUACUCGCAACGCGAGCAUCUAACCCGAUGAUUGAAGCGACCAGUGAUGAGGUUCCCGUGGACGUGGUCGCAGAUCGAUUACUAGCCCACCUGGCAUAUGGGACGACGGGGCCAGUGCAUGCUGUUAGUGGAAGGAAUGCCCUAAGCAUCUUUCAAGACUGGUGGCAGGAAUGCAUGAGGGAGCGCCGUCUCCCAUGGAAGGUCAAACCCGUUUGGAGACCCAUCGACUGGCGAUCACCUGAGCUACACCCUAUCAGCCGCACGACUGUCUUAUUCGGGACAUCUUUCGAAUUUUCAGAGGAGAAAACUGCCGAUUUGUUGGUUACGCUGGAAGAUGACGAGCAAGGGGAGUGGGAGCUUUACACUAAGAAAACUGAAACUGAGUACGAUCUGUCCCAACGAAGGCAGCAUAUUCGAUAUUGUAUGAAAAGGCUCGCAAAAAGAAACGCUGGGGCUCGGAUGUUGAUUCGAAUGUUUUACCGGAACUAUGGCACAAAAUGA